UUUCCAUGUUUACAUUUUGCUCUUUUUGAUUUCACAAUAGUUUUCCUUCGUUUUUUCAUAAAAUUUUAGCAUUCUGGUGUAUCAAAUUUCACCUUUUGGCGUGAUUUACAGUUAGAAGAAUAUCUAAUUUUGUCACCCCUUUUAUUUGUUUAUUUAUAACUCAGUAAAUUGGAGUGUUCAUUGCUUAUAUAGCGGUGUUCGAGUUUGACUCUGCUCUUGUCUCUUCUCACCAACUUCUCACGCAUCCAUUCAAUCUAUUCAAAUUUUGCUCUUUGUUUUUCGCACGAACUUCAUGUGCAAUGUCUAAUGAAGAUUCUGAAAAGACAUUAUCAGACCACUUCGAUGAAGCUCUCAAAAGUUAUGAGAGUAUCUGCAAUUGCUCCGAACCAACUAACAGUCCAGAAAUUCAGUACCGAGUUAAAAAGUGUAUGAAUUUGCUGGAAGAUACAACUCGAUUGGUAUCGGAGACAGGCAUGUUCAGCUCCAAUGAGUCCAUCAGUGAAAUCGCAACUUCUCACAUAAAAUUCCUACUUCUGCCUGCUCUUUUGGGGUCCUUGGCAUUAAAAUUAACCACAUCAGGAGAUAGGACUGAAAUUGUUCAAACUGCAGAAGUUUAUUUCAGAGACUUCUUGCAGCGCUGUAAAGAUUAUGGACUCACAGAUAUUCAACUUCCUCCAGCUCUUGAUGAGGAUGAAACUGUCGCUGAAAAGCCCACAGCUGGACCUUGUCCAGGAAUUGAUUUCAUUGGAAUGGCACAAAGGAGACAAACUAAGAUUCAGCAGUAUCAUCAACAAAAAGAACUAGAAGCCAAAUUAUCUAUGUUAAAAGAGGAAAUGUCUCGAAACGUUGAUGAGGAAAUUAAGCGAGAAUACUUUAUUUCACUAGUAAAAUCUUAUGUUCACAAGAGUUUUGAAGACUUAGAAUGUGUCAUGUCUGAAAAAGAGAUGCUUGUAAAAAUGGCAGCUAUGAGGAGUAAGGCGAAAAAUGAAGGUUUACCCGAAGUUCGCAACAAUGUCAAGACGAGGCCUCUUGUCCCGAUAAUCAUCACCAAAAAUGAAAUUCAGAAGCAAGUGUUUGGUGCAGGUUAUCCUAGUCUACCAACUUUUACAGUUCAAGAGCUUUAUGAACAAAGAAUUAAGGAUGGAGUAUGGAGCAAUCCAGCAGAAACUUCAGCCAGAAGCUUGCAAGGUCUGUGUGAUCCUAAUGCUCACUUGACGAAAGAAAGAGAAGAAAUGGAAGAAGAGAAGGCCAUCGAAGAGGAUGAUCCAGAGACUCUCGCUAGGGCCCGAAUGAUGGACGAAUUCAAAGAUGAAGUGAAAAGAGGAUCUGGCAACAGAUAUAACCGCAGCUAAAAUUGAACUUUAGAAAUUGACACUAUCACUGUGUGAAUGAUGAUUUCAUUUCUUGUCAAUCCUUUUUUUUGUGAUCAAUGUUAUUUUUUUUUACAUUAUCACCCAUUAUGGUUGAUUUUAUCCAACCCUUAAAGACUAUUGUCUUUUGUUUCCUAUUUUUGAUGUCUAACACUAGGUGGAUAAGUUCUAAAACAAAUUGCUGUACAAAGUUGAGUAUCUGGAAUCCCUUUUUGUUUUCUGCCCCGUCUAUAUUUUCAGUCCUUGUAGAAAGUAAGAAUCCAAACAAUAAAAAAUGUGAUCUAUUCGUUUACA